AUGGUUGAUAAUAAUUUCGGCAUUAACACUUCAGAGAGAGAUCAUCAUCAUCAUCAUGAUAAAGGGUUUAACUACAAGUACACAGCUGCAGGAAGCGCUAGUACUAGCUGUGAGGAUAUUGGAGUCAUCAAAGAGCAAGAUCGGUUGCUUCCAAUAGCCAAUGUUGGGCGAAUCAUGAAGCAGAUUUUGCCUCCCAAUGCCAAAAUCUCCAAAGAAGCCAAGGAAACCAUGCAAGAAUGUGUGUCCGAGUUCAUAAGCUUCGUCACGGGAGAAGCCUCCGACAAGUGCCACAAGGAGAAGCGCAAGACGGUGAACGGCGACGACAUUUGCUGGGGCCUAGCAACGCUCGGAUUCGAUGACUACGCCGAGCCCCUCAAGCGGUACUUGCACAGGUACAGAGAAAUAGAAGGAGAGAAAUCAUCAGCUCACCAGAACAAUAAGGCGGCCAGCUCUACUAAUCACGAAGAGAUCAAGAUUAACGAAAUUUCGAAUAAUUAUGGAGGUCAUGAAGUCGUCCUCGAAAACGAUCAUGAAGAUAUUGUCCCAAAUUCACGUACUUUCAAUUUCAAUGUGGUUGAUGAGAGGAGUAAAAGCUCUUUCCAAAAAAGAUUUUGAAGGGAAUUUCAACAUUUACUGCUCGCGCGCAGUACUUCAUGGCAUCUGGUGCUGAACCCAAGAAACAAAUCUGACAGAACGCAUGUGAGCUUUGAGUUCUCCAUGUGACACUUAGCACCCCCCAGCUUUGCUGGGCUGCAACGUGGACAAAUGUGCCCCAAUGGGACAGGUGUCAGGACCUAGCUACCUCAAUCAUUAAUCUGUAUGUAUUAAUAUUUUCUACCAGGACUAUUAAAUUUAUUAUUCU